UUCCCCGAUUAUUGUUAUUGUUUUCGUUUUUUUUCCUCAACCGAAUACGUUGUACAAGUAAUAAAUACCGUUCGAUGCUCAUUGCUCAUCGUUCGUUCGCGAGUAGUCGGCGACAUGUCGCGUGUACUGUUUUAACGUGAAUUAUCGCACAUCUACGACGGCGAAACGAGCAGACAGUCAUCGGUUCAUCAUUCGUAGCACUACACCGUACGACAAAACAAUAAUGCACUGCGGCAGACGUCGUGACAUCGCGUGAUAGCGUAUUGUAUACAAGUGCAGGAGGCCUCAAGCGCAGAAAUUCGCAACGCGGCCGGAGUUUUACUCAUAAGUAGUCCGCCUAAAAUUUCACCGGCGUUGCUUUCGUCACUUCAUGUUGAAUAUGGCGCACAACCUAGCACCGAGUGUUAACUGUUCGCUGGACGACAUCGAUCUCAAUGCUUUAAAGGACCCAGCAGGUAUAUUUGAACUCAUCGAAGUUGUUGGAAAUGGAACAUACGGACAAGUUUAUAAGGGACGACAUACAAAAACUGGACAACUGGCAGCCAUUAAAGUUAUGGAUGUUACAGAAGAAGAGGAAGAAGAGAUAAAAUUAGAAAUUAAUGUUUUGAAAAAAUAUUCCAACCAUCGUAAUAUUGCCACAUAUUAUGGUGCAUUUAUUAAAAAAAGUCCUCCAGGUAAAGACGAUCAACUGUGGCUCGUGAUGGAGUAUUGCGGAGCAGGAUCUGUCACUGAUUUAGUAAAAUCCACCAAAGGACAAUCACUUAAAGAAGAAUGGAUUGCUUAUAUUUGCCGAGAAAUAUUGCGUGGUCUAAGUUAUUUGCAUUCAAACAAAGUUAUUCAUCGUGAUAUAAAGGGUCAAAAUGUCUUGUUAACUGAUAAUGCUGAAGUAAAAUUGGUCGAUUUUGGUGUCAGUGCUCAAUUAGAUCGUACAAUUGGGCGACGUAAUACUUUCAUUGGUACACCUUACUGGAUGGCUCCAGAAGUAAUUGCAUGUGAAGAAAAUCCAGAUGCUACAUAUGAUAACAGAAGUGAUUUAUGGAGCUUAGGCAUUACAGCUUUAGAAAUGGCUGAAUCCCAACCACCUUUGUGUGAUCUUCAUCCAAUGAGAGCUUUAUUCUUGAUUCCUCGAAAUUCACCACCUAGGUUAAAGUCAAAAAAGUGGGCUAAAAAGUUUCAUAGUUUUAUUGAAACAGUUUUAGUAAAAGAUUAUCAUCAAAGGCCAUAUACAGAUCAGCUUCUGAAACAUCCAUAUAUUAGGGACCAACCUACUGAGAGACAAGUCCGUAUUCAACUCAAAGAUCAUAUUGAUAGAUGUAAAAAACGAAAGCAAGAAAAAUCUGAAAGAGACGAUUAUCGUUAUAGUGGAUCUGAAAAUGAAGAAGAUGAUGAUCAUAAUAUUGCUGGUGAACAACAUUCAUCCAUUAUUCAAGCUCCUGGAGAUAAUACUUUAAGACGUAAUUUCCAACAAAUUCAGGAAGGGCGAACAUUGACUCCUCAUGUUAAAGAUAAACAUGGUAAAGAAAGAGAAGAAAUACCUGAACCAGUCCCUCCUGCUCGUCCACCAAUGUUACCCCAAAGAUUAAUUGUUGUCCCAGAUCCUCACCCUCUUUCUAGACCUCUUCCUCCACCACCUCGUGAUGACAGACAUUUUCAUCCACAACAGCAGCAACCACAAAGGAAUUCUAAUGCAUUUCAACCAAUGGUACAUCAAAAUGGUGGUACUAAAAUGAUACCCCAAGGUAUAAUUGAGUCUGAUUCUUCUGAUGAUGAUGAGGAUGAUGAUGAUGAAGAGGAAGAUGAUACAGCUCACAGACAUGAUGCCCGGCGUGCUCCACCUAGAAGAAAGCCAAAUGAUGGAACAUUACUUGCUAGUGAUCCACCUAAACCAUUACCGGCUGAUAUAAAUCCUAAUGCACUUGUACAAAUAGAAGGAUCGUCAUCAAGUUCUAGUACUGUGAUGGGACCUGGUGGCGCGCCUAAUCGUCCUCUUCCGCCUACUCCAGAUGAAGAAGAAAGUGGUGACAGAACAUUGGUUUUAAAAAGGUUGCCGCAACAAAAAUCAAGCAAUGAAAAAGUAGAUAUUGAUGAGCAAAAAUUGCUGAAGGAUUGGGAUUUUGCUCGAUUCUUUCAAAAGUCUAAUAAUAUUGCUGCAAAAGAUUCUCAACAUAAAGCCAAAGAACAGAUAUCGUCUGUACCUAGACGUAUGCCACUUCAUAAGUAUAAUGGUUCAGAAUCAUCUGGCCCAUCUAAAUUUAUACCAAAUGUGUUCAGAAGAGAGAAUACAGACUUUUUUAUACCAUCGGCUCGUCAUUCUGCUGUGUUUCUUGAAGGAAGACUUUCUGAUAUUCAACAGAGAAGAGGUUCAGAUGCUAGUAAAAAAACUUUAGAACGAAUUGAUUCAUUAAAAAAACCUUGGAAGCCAACUAGACCAAGAAGAGAAAGAACUGAUGGUGAUAUUGUUUUACAAUCCAGUCGACAAAGAUUAACCAGACCAUUAUUAGAAAACAGACGUGUAGAGGGUGAUCCCAGAUUUUCUCAUGGAUGUGCUAAUAGUAGCAAGAAGAGUAAUGGUCAAGAUAAUGGACAUACCAAUGAAACUAAUCAGAAUCGUGAUGAACGUCGUAGUGAUUUCCAUAGACAUGACAUAUCAGGUGGAUCAAGUUCAAGAACAAGUUCGGUCUUACCAGAUCUACUUUCUCAGGCUUCAUCUAGUCCUGGUACUCCAAAUCAAAGACUCGAUAAAAGUAACAGUGAAGAGUAUCAAAAUGCAAUAUCAAAAACUUAUUCCUUACUACAGAAACAACGUUCAUUCCUGACAUUUGGUUUUGGAGCUGGUGGUACUGGUACCAGUACAAGUUCUCAAGGUCCGGGUCGUCGUGAAUCACAUGUUAAUGUUAAUGUUACACCAACUGUUCAUGAUUUAGCAUCGGAGACACCAGAAAUACGCAAAUAUAAGAAACGCUUUAAUUCUGAAAUUCUUUGUGCAGCAUUAUGGGGAGUUAACCUAUUGAUUGGUACAGAAACUGGACUUAUGUUGUUAGAUAGAAGUGGCCAAGGUAAAGUGUAUCAACUAAUUUCUAGGAGACGAUUCCAACAAAUGGAAGUACUGGAAGGUCAAAAUAUUUUAGUAACUGUUUCUGGAAAGAAAAAUCGUGUUAGAGUUUAUUAUUUAUCUUGGUUAAAGUCUAAAAUACUUAGGACUGAUGGGCAAGUGGAACGAAGAAACGGAUGGAUAAAUGUUGGUGAUUUACAAGGUGCUGUACAUUUCUGCAUUGUCAAAUAUGAACGUAUUAAAUUUUUAGUCAUAGCUCUCAAAGACAGCAUUGAGAUUUAUGCAUGGGCUCCUAAACCCUAUCAUAAAUUCAUGGCUUUCAAGUCUUUUGGAGAUCUUGUUCAUAGACCCCUGCUAGUAGAUUUAACAAUUGAAGAAGGAGCACGACUUAAGGUAAUCUAUGGUUCAGCUGAUGGAUUUCAUGCUGUAGAUCUCGAUUCUGCAUCUGUGUAUGAUAUAUACUUACCGAAACACACUCAAGGAGCGAUUGCACCACAUUGUAUUGUUGUGCUACCAAACUCUAAUGGGCUUCAAUUGCUGUUAUGUUAUGAUAAUGAGGGUGUAUAUGUAAAUACUUAUGGAAAGAUGUCUAAAAAUAUACUGUUGCAAUGGGGUGAGAUGCCUACAUCAGUUGCAUAUAUUGGUACUGGCCAGAUUAUGGGCUGGGGCAAUAAAGCAAUUGAAAUACGAAGUGUAGAAACUGGUCAUUUGGAUGGUGUAUUCAUGCAUAAAAAAGCACAGAGGUUGAAGUUCCUUUGUGAGCGAAAUGAUAAGGUAUUCUUCUCGUCUGCUAAAGGUGGAUCAUGUUGUCAGAUAUACUUUAUGACGCUCAAUAAACCCGGUAUGGCCAAUUGGUAGAUGAGUUUUUAUCAGAGUAACAAGAUUGUAACUACAUGAAGAAACACAAUGAUUAACAUUAAUAGCCAAUAUAUUUAAAUGGACCAACCUAUCUGGAAACCACUUGUGGUGUGAUGGCUUACAAUUUAUUACCAAGUUAUAUUAUAUGUUUAUACAUGUAAUAAUAUUAUUGCUUCAAACAAAAAGACUUGAUUACCAAGUAUGGUAUAAUAUAUAUAGAAAAAUAAUAAUCCUCAACACUAAUGUAUUUUUAAUAACUUUUCAAGUAGUUUUUUACCUUUUAUUAAUGUGCCUGUGCACUAUAAGUUUUCUUUUUUUAUCAAAACACUAGAGGCCAUUUUACAUUUUGAUGUUUCCUAUAAUGCCCAGUGUACUCAAAUGGGUUUUGAGCUGUGAAACAGAAAUUUAUGAACAAAUAUAUAGUUAUAUAUGUCAUUUAGAUAAAACGUUAGUGUGUAUAUUCUUUUUUUAAUUUUUUUUGAAGCUCACAAAAUUUUAUGUUAACCGAUAUAUUAUAAUUAUUCA